UAUCCGGUUAUCCCGGAAAAACCAGCCUAUUUUCAUUCCAGGGAAAUGGCCGUUCUUAUCUACAAUACACUAGCAAAAUAUCUGAUAUAUAGCAAGUAACGUGAAUGUGUUUCAUGGGCGGUAUUGUUCUGUCGACACUUGUAGCUGCACUGUUUGUGCUUCAAAAUAACAUACAUUUAAAUGCUGCGUUUUAGUUUAUCUCAAAGCUUCAUGAAGUCCCAGUCGUGUUGUUGCAGCCGGCUAGCGCGUUACCGUUAGCUGCCAAGCCGAGAGACCGAGCCAUCGGUCUUCCAACACCGCUUGCUAAAGUCUGUAAAUGGGAAAUAUAUAGGACAUCCAGUCGGAAGAGAACGGUCUUUUUAUAACAACGGAAGUGAAUUGACCGUCUAACCCGUGCCUAAAUGCCCGAACAAGGUCCCAGGAUGAAUGGGUUUUCUCUGGGCGAGCUAUGCUGGCUAUUCUGUUGUCCGCCCUGUCCCAGUCGCAUCGCGGCCAAGCUAGCGUUUCUCCCACCGGAGCCCACGUACUCUGUGCAUACUGAUGCUAACGGAGUAACUAGCUUACAUCUAACGGAACGGGCGGACUGGCAGUACUCUCAGCGAGAGCUCGAUGCAGUGGAAGUGUUCAGCACUAGGAGCAGCCGGGGUAACCGGGUUGGGUGUAUGUUUGUGCGUUGCGCCCCGAACAGUCGGUACACUCUGCUGUUUUCCCACGGUAACGCCGUGGAUCUGGGGCAGAUGUGCAGUUUUUACAUCGGCCUCGGCUCCAGGAUCAACUGCAACGUGUUCUCCUACGAUUACUCAGGCUACGGAGUUAGCACUGGCAAACCGUCUGAGAAAAACCUGUAUGCGGACAUCGAGGCGGCCUGGCAAGUUCUAAGGAACAAGUAUGGUGUAACCCCUGAGAACAUCAUCCUGUAUGGUCAGAGUAUCGGCACUGUGCCUACCAUUGACCUGGCUGCUCGCUAUGAAUGUGCUGCUGUCAUCCUACACUCACCACUCAUGUCAGGGCUACGGGUGGCCUUCCCGGAUACACGGAAGACCUACUGUUUUGAUGCCUUCCCCAGUAUUGACAAGGUGUCCAAGGUGGCAUCCCCAGUUCUGGUGAUCCAUGGUACGGAGGACGAGGUGAUCGACUUCUCCCACGGCUUGGCCAUGUAUGAGCGCUGCCCACGUGCCGUCGAGCCCUUGUGGGUGGAGGGAGCUGGCCACAACGACAUUGAACUGUAUGCCCAGUACCUGGAGAGACUCAAGCAGUUCAUCUCCUUUGAGCUUCCCACCUCCUGAGGGGAGCUCCGCACCCAGGCCAGGGUUCAUCUCAACACACUCAAGAAGCUGCCUCCUUAUCAUCUCCCAACUUCCUGUCUUUGCAUAGGGGUAGGACUGGAUUAAGCUGAUCAUACUGUUCUCCCCUUUCCUUGGAGCCAUUUCAGGGUAGGAAUGUGUAGUGGUCCAAAAGAGGAGGGGAUUUUAGAUUGUUGAGGUGCAGCCGACAGUAAGGCCAGUGCUGACCAGGAGUGAAGCUUUUGCUUAACAUGCUGUCCCCCAAACCUGGCCGGUGCUCCUUCAUGUGGACACAGUUUGCCAGUGAGCCCAGGCCAAGGCAGUGUUUGCACUUGUUUCUCAAUCUUCAUCAGUUUCUCAUCUUCAGCUCUCCUUCCCUCCAUUCUUCACUCUGCCUCUCUGACUUUCUGUGUGCCCUCACUGUGAGCUUCAGCCUGUUUCUUUUCCUUUUUCUUCCCUCUGUUUCUCCCACAAUCCUUGCUUUCCCUUUGACCAAGUCUCUGCAAUGUCCAAGCUUGAUUUUUGUAUUCUUUUAUACAAAGUGAAGAAGUAUUUUGCACCUCAACAUACAAUUAAAGUUUUUUUACUUUUUCUGUAUUUUUAAGUUACCAUUCAGGGUUUACCAAACAAUUGCACUUUUAAUGUGCAGAUAUUUUCAGGUAAUGAUUUUUUUCUGUGUUUGGAUAUGUAUAUGUUGGUUUCUUUUGUUAUGUGCAUUCCAUGUGUUUCUUAAUUGCAGGUAGAACUUUAUUUUUUAGUGGGUGCGUGUGUCUUUGAAAGCUGUUAACCAGAGUGCACCUCUGCACAUCUGGCCUUUGUAGCUGUGAUCCAUGUAGUCUUGAUGCAUGCUACCCUGUCAUACAGGAAGGAACACAGUAAUGCCAAACUUCAUAGAGAAGUUAAGCAAUUUACAAUAUGCCUUGCUCACUGGCACACAUACAGUUCUUGGAGAAAAUAAUUGCAUUUCUUGAAUAAUUUGGAGCCACCAGUAAAUUCAGCAUACAGACAGCAGCUUAAGUACUUAAAAUGCCAACGUUUAUGACUGGUUUGCUUCUUCACAAUCGUACAAAUGAUACACCAUGAAAGCCUGUUUAUUCCAAUAGAUUGUGAUUGGUGGGUCAUUUAUAUGCAUUCCAUGCUGAAUUUACCAUAGGACCUAAACAGUUUGUAGGACGCCUCAGCAGGUCAUUGAGUAAACUGACUUUAACAAUCUAUGUUGCAGAAUACAAACGCAUCUUGACAACUCAGCACCUGGUAAAGCCAUUGUUAAAGAAGUAAUAUUGCUCUGUAACCCGGUCUAAUUAUUGUGGUCAUGUUGUGUAUGCAUCAGAGUUUUCUCUUACUGUAUCUGUAAAUUGUAUCAAUUGCCACUAAGCAACACCGCAAUGAAUAUCCCAAAUGUUGGGUGGUACAGAAGCUUACCUCAAUAGAAGAGAGGGCAGCAGGUAUUGGGGCUAUACUUUUGUUACGUGGAGAUCAUGUGGUAAUAAGACUUGACAACUGAUUCAAAUGGAAACACAUUUGAGUCAGUACUAUAAACUCAAACUGGGGAGCAUGGUGCUGGAUUUACCUGCAGACAGAGGACACUGAACGGUCAACUCUGCUCCAUGUCAAAGUGAACAUGCUGUUUCUCGGUUUAGGUGUUAUCAGUCAUUUCACACUACAAAAAAAAGCCUUAUGUUUGUAAACAUUUCACCCAGGCCUGUUGACUCCAGCAGGGCUUUCAUGGUCUUCAGGGGGGCUGAUAACUGCUGCUAUUCAUCAGAGAAUUAAUCAGUCAAUCACUGUGAAAGCCAGACAGUUUAGGGAACACUGAAAAGACAUUAAGGUGUGAAAACCAAAUUCAACCUGACCACUGUCAUCCCAGCACUGUCAGCCAUGUGUUCCUGCCUGCAAUAGGAGCAGGAUGCACUCUUUUACCAACACUGUUGUCUGCUGAGCCCUGUGAUAGUUCUCUUAUCCCAGCUCUAACUCCAAAGACAUCUGAGAGAACCACGAUGGGGAAAUGGAAUACUGUGGAAGUAAGCAUGCCAGUCACCUCUCAUAGUUGUGGACAUUUCGACUUGUAUCAGCUGUAUUUGAAUCAUUUGUUCUCCUCCUCCUCCUGCAAAGCAAAACACUAAAAAGGUUUAGUGACACAGAAAAACAGGUACAACACUACCGAAUUGAAGUAAAUGCUGAACAUGUUUUCAGAGAAGGAUUAUGUUGGAGAGAGAUUUGCAUAGCAAUCUGUUAUGAUGGUAUGAUUGAUCCUUGUAUUGCUGUGAAGUGGUUUGUCAGUUGAGUAUUAGUGUUUUCUGAUUAUAGCUAAUGUCAGGCAGAUGUUUUUGGAUCACAAGCCCUUGAUCAUCUCUAGUAUAUUUCCUCUAGCUCCUCUUUUUAAAGGAAAUGAAGACCCGACUUUAGUCCUGUUUAUUGUUUUGAUACUGACAUUUUUACAAGGUUUUCCAGUUUAAAUGUUGAUAGAUUUACACUGUCUCUAAAGCUGGUUCGUAUGAUAAUCCUGUGUAAUGAUAUACUUCAAUAUCUUCUCUAUACAUAUUAGCCCUCACACAGGGCCAUCUAGUCUCAAUGAUUUUAACACUGGAAUCACAAUAUGCAAUUGUAAAGCAGAUGAAGCUAGUACACUGAACAAAAAUAUAAACGCACCACUUUUGUUUUUGCUCCCAUUUUUCAUGAGCUGAACUCAAAGAUCUAAAACAUUUUCUAUCCACACUAAAGACCAUU